AUGAUUGAAUGCAAGAACAUAUUAGCAUUGUGCGAUCACAAGGAAUCAUUCUCACCUGAAUUAGAUUACUUGAGAAACGAAUUUGGUGAUGAUGAUAAAGAAAAUCAUGAACCAAAGUCAGAGUUCGUCUCAUCAAAGCAAAUUAGAAAACUGGAGGAUAUUUUGGAUCAGUUUUGUUUAUCAGCAUUAAAAGAUGAAAAUGAUUCAAUCCAGUCAGUAAAUAACAUAUUGGAUUUGUAUAAACUUGAAGAGUGGAGUUCUAAAUUAAGAAGAAGUGAUCAGAGAUUAAGAAACAUUUCUACAAAACCUCAACAUGAUACAUCGUGUAAUCGAAUUCUUUUAAUUACUGGUCAUCCUGGUGUAGGUAAAACACGAUUUUUAAAUAAUUGGUUAAAUAAGAAGAAAUCGAAUGGUUUUACUUUUAUAAAUCAUGAUGUUAAUACCAAGGAACUGAUUACAAUCACAACUGUAGACAAAACUAAAAGUAACACGUUAAGCACUAAAUCAAAUAUUAUUUUUAUUGAAAAAUUUAUUGAACCAGGCAAAAGCAAUUCAGAUAUAUGGCAGUUGUUAGAUGAUUUAAAUCGUAAAGCUAGAAAAGCACGACGUAAAGGUAGUGAACUGAAUUCAUCUCUAGCCACUGUGUUGUCAUGCUUAACUAGUGAACAAGAAGAUUUUGAGAGAGCUCGCCAACUUCGCCAGCUUGGAUCUCGACUGUUCACUUCACUAAGUCCAACUAACUCAAUUGAUGAACGGUCACGUUCACCAGUGAUUUUAAUUAUAGAUGGCAUGGAAUACCUUGAAGAUCCUUUAGCAAAAACAGCUGAGACAGUUAAAUGCAUUGAUUGGUUAUUCAGUUGUCAUAAACGUACAAAAGAAACCGAUAUGAAUGAAUAUAUGGGAAUCAAUAGCGGUGGUCUACCUAUAGUUCCCAAUCGAACUCGAUUUAUUUUAACUUGUUCUUCAUCUCAUUCUAUCACUCAGCAAUUAGCUAAAUGUCCGCUAAUCACUACUAUUGAAUAUUCAAAUGUAUUAGGUCUUAAAGAAAAUAUGUUUUCAGAAAUUUUUCAAAAGUCUGUUGGAAGUUUAGAAGAAACUAAUGAGAGUUUAAAAGAAAAUAAUCCAGUGAUUAAUCCGUUGUAUAAUUUAAUUUCACUAUUUUCUCCUUUAUUAAACAAUGACACAUUAACUCAUAAUAAUGCAUUAAAAAUGAACCAACCAUCUAAUUUACAUACAUUACUUAAAUAUCGUGUACAAAUUGUAAAAGAUCGUUUACAAAAUCCUGUCAUCAAUAAAUCAUAUAAAUAUUGGUGUUUAAAAGAAAAUGCUCUAGCUCAGAAAAUAUUUAUUCACGAACUGUACAUCACUUCAUUUGGCUUUGAUUCGAUCAAUAAUCGUAAGGAUAUUUUCAACUGGAAUGAUUACAUCGAACGUUUAUUGGCCACGCAAUCAAUAAGACAGUUAUUAUUAUGUUUGUUAAAACGAUGGGCACUUGAGUUUGAAUUUAAUAUCAUAACUACAGAAGAAAAAAUGUCAUUGAAAAAUUCAAAGGAAAACAGUGAAAAAUCUCCUAGAUUGUCUCCUUACAGUGAUGAUAAGCAGGUGGCAAAGCAUAAAACUGAUUUCAAGGCUUUGCUACAAAAAUCUAUGACACAGCUUUGCAAAGAUUGGACUGUAGGGUUGGUUGGAUUAGUUUUCCACACAUUAGUAACUGCUUCUCGAUUUACUUGGCUGAAAGAAGAUAUACAUCCGGCAGAAGAUGAAAGUAGUGGUUUGAAGCUUCAAGAUGUUCUACAUAUUCUUAAGAAUAUGAAACUACCGAAACAUUAUGUCAUGCAGUCAUUAUUGCCAUCUACCUUAAUGGCUUUACAUUCACCGUUAUUAGGUUAUUAUUGUUUACGUAUUUUACAUCGUGCUGGUGCAUUUUCUCAAACAACCGAAGGUGGAAUUUUACGUCAAACCAAUCUUGAUGGUUAUUUAAAAUUUAAUCAUGAAAUUAUAUAUUCAAUAAUGAGACAAAUACUUGCACGUGAUAAUGGUGCUACUGGGAUUAGUCUUCCUUUAAUUACUACAGCUCUUAAUUGGUCCAAAGGAGGUGAACAAGGCAAUACAUUGUUAAACAUCUUAUUACAUGGUCAUAUUCAAACUAUUUCGAAAACAUCCAAUCAAGCAUUAUCAAAUUACUCUUUAUCACUAAUUGAAAGUAAUAUUUACAAAUCAAAACCAAAAAUUACAUUUAAAAAGGUUGGUCGUACAAUUAGUGCAGCUCUUUCGUUGACAGAAUCUGGGAAUAUUCUCUAUACAACUAAUCAAUCUGGAGAUGAAGCGAAAAGUUUAAAUCCAGUACACGAUUAUGAUACUUUACUAAUUCCAAACAAACUGAAACGUUCAUCAUCAUUAAGAGCAUCAUUUCAACUAAUGCCUGAUAUUUAUCGAAUUACUUUAAAAUUCACUAAUCUUUUAACAAUCAGCCAUAAUAUUGAUUCAACUCGUCAAUUUUCAUCGGAUGAUUGGGCUUAUACACGUCAUAUUUUACUUCUUACUGAAAUUAUGAAUUAUUUAGUAACAAAACCAAAUUACCCAAUAGCAUAUGGUUUUCUAUCAUGUUUAGUGAUUACACAAAUUGAAAUGAUUUGCAUUGUCAAUAAUCUUAAUGAUAUUAAAAUAAUUCUUAAUAAUUUGGAAUACAUUUUACUUCAUCCAUGCUUUCUUCUAUGUUUAGCAUUUCCAACAUAUUCUACUAAAAUAUUUACUGGUUCAAUAAGAAAUUCACAUUUAUUAAUUGCAUUAUGGCAAAUUAUUCAAAAUUCAUUUACACUAAUUGAUGACUAUGAUAAACAUGAAGAGAUAAAUAAUAAUAAUAAUAAUAAUGAUAAAGAUAAUGAUAGCAGUUCAUCAUCUGAAAAUGAUUUCAGAUCAAUAACACCAAAAUUGGAUCAUUCACAUGAAAGUAGAACUAAUGCAACGAACACAAAUAAUAAUAAUUUUAAUAUUAAUAAUACAAUGGUGAAGAGAAGCAUAAGAAAACUGAAUGAACUUGCUGAAAGCGCUUUAGAUUAUUUACAGUUUAUAAAGUAUUCGACAGAAAAUAUUAAUGAUUCACCACAUGUAUCCAGCAAUUUUAGUCAACUUUUUGAUUUAUCAGGUGAAAAUAAAUUAGAAUCACUUAUAUGGAUUAUUGGUGAAUUAAUUUAUUAUUUAGGUAAUGAAUUUAUAUCUGUUCAAAUUUUAUCAAAAUUAGCUAAAAUUUUUAUAAAUAGUACAACUUUCAGUAGUGCAGAUAGUUUACAAUUGAGUCAUUUGGGAUUCAGUAUUGUAAAUAAACUUCGUUAUUUAAGAAAUGAAAUGAAUGAGUCGAUUGAUAAUCAGUUAUUAUUAUAUCAAUCUAUUGUUUAUGAAAUUGAAUUGAAGAUAAUAGAAAGGCUGGAAGAAUCAUUGAUGCAAACGACGACAUAUGAUACAGAGGAAUCUAUGUUGAUAGAACAAAGAAUUUUUACAGCUUUGGCUUAUAUAAAAAUGUAUCGACUAGAAUCUGUUAUUGGAUUAACAGAAAGUGGUAAUGAACAGUUAAAUUUAUUUGAAUAUGAAAUUUGUCAAGCAAUUGAAGAUGUGAAACAGUUCAACGCUCAAUCAAUCGACAAAACUUUAUUAGCUAUUAGUAUGUAUCUUUUAUCUAAAAUAAGACUGUUACAAAUGAAUACAACUGAACAUGAAUCUCUCAUAUUCCAGGCUAUAAAUGAAUGUAUGACAGAUCAAGGUGAAUAUCAUCCUUUAUUAGCUGAAUGGCUAAUCAUUUUAGCAUUAUCUUUACAAAAGCCAAUUAAUCAUGAUAAUAAUAAUAAUAAUAAUGAAUUCAAUGAAAUAAAUUUUCUCCGAAAGACUUUUGGAAGAACACGUGCACAAGAAUGUCUCCGAUGGAGUUUAGAUAUAAUGACGUAUAACCAAGAAAUUUUAGUAAGACAAGUUAUUCCUCCGCCAACAUCUGUACUUUCAUCUUUCAAAGAACGUAUUUAUACAAGAUUACAUAGAAGUAUUCUGUUACGUGCACCUAGAUAUUUGAUAAUACCACAUACUCAGCCUUCAUUAUCAUCUCAACUUGUAUCCAAAACCUCUAGAAGCACAAGCUAUAAUCUGAGUAGUUUUAGUUCUAGAAAACAAUCAAAUCUAUCAAGUAAUCGCACAGAUAUCACAUUGUAUUCAAAUCAUCAACAUUUAUUUAGUAAUCCAGAUGUAUACCAAACACUUCCAACAGAAAUAUGUUUACAAUUAGUUUUCUGUUUAUUAAAAGAUGAACGUCAAAUAAGUUUACAAGAAGCUUCUACACUUGCUGCAUUUGUUUUACAUGAAAGGAUUUUAUUUUUAGGUGUUGAUCAUCCAGCUACUAUUCAAAUAUCUAAAAUUUUGGAUCACAUAGAACAUUAUCUUAUUCAUGGUCAGACAUCCAAAGAAACACUUGGUAAUGAAGUGAAACAUCCACUGACUAAAUCAAAUGAUCACAAGUCAAGCUACGUGUUUUCGACAAAUCGAUCACAUGAUAAAUUCUCUGGACAAAGUCAGUCGACACAACAUUAUGACAAAUGCACUAGACUGUCAUCACGAAAUUCGUUAUUCGAUGAACAGCUGUUGAAAGAUAAUUUAUCAACAAGAAUUACUAGUAGAACUGAAUCUUCUUCUACACGAUUAGAUCGUCGACAAUUGAAAAUAAAUACUGCAACAGUCAAAUCUACAGGAUAUGAGUCUAAUUUAAAAGAUUUAGGUAAAAUUCAUUAUUUUCUAUCGAAGAAAAUCAACCGAAUAAGUAAUACACAAAAGUAUACUGAUUUAAGUAUACAUUUUAGACGAUUUGAAAAAUCUUUAGCUAUUCAAAGUAACCGAAUAUAG